AUGGCUUCUUCUUCUAACAAUAAUGGGUAUGGAUCAAUGGAGAAUUUGGAGAAACAGCUUGAUCAACUUUUGGAUCAAACGUUUGAUCAAUUUUAUGAUCAAACUUAUGAUAAUGUGUUCAAUGCUUAUGCCGAGCAUCUGGAGCCAACAAGGACCAAGAAAAAACGAGCUUAUAUUGAUAGAGCUCGAGAAGAAGGCCACAUACGUCUAUGGAAUGACUAUUUUAGUGAGGAGGCUAUAUAUCCACCACACUUAUUUCGGAGACGUUUUCGGAUGAACAAGCCAUUGUUCUUACGUAUUGUCGAAAAACUUUCCAAUGAAGAUCGCUUUUUUCGACAGAAGAAAGAUGCCCUUGGAAGGCCUGGUCUCUCUGCACUUCAAAAGUGUACGGCUGCCAUUCGUCUUUUGGCAUAUGGCUCUGCUGCAGAUGCGGUUGACGAAUAUCUCCGGCUCGGCGAAUCUACGGCUCGUUCUUGUUUGGAACAUUUUGUUGAAGGAAUCAUAACUUAUUUUGGCGAUGAGUACCUUAGGAGACCCACACAAGAAGAUCUACAACGGUUACUUAAAAAGGGAGAACAACGCGGAUUUCCCGGUAUGAUAGGAAGCAUAGACUGUAUGCAUUGGGAAUGGAAAAAUUGCCCAACCGCUUGGAAAGGGCAAUAUACACGUGGUUCGGGAAAACCAACUAUCGUUUUAGAAGCUGUGGCAUCAUAUGAUUUGUGGAUAUGGCACGCAUUUUUUGGACCUCCAGGUACCUUAAAUGAUAUUAAUGUCCUUGAUCGUUCACCCGUUUUUGAUGAUAUCAUACAAGGUCGAGCUCCCCAAGUGAAUUUCCAUGUCAACGGACGGAAGUAUAAUUUGGCAUACUAUCUUACAGAUGGUAUUUAUCCAAAAUGGGCAACUUUUGUUCAAUCUAUUCCACUUCCACAAGGCAGAAAAGCUACAAAGUUUGCUGAAAAACAAGAAGGUACCAGAAAAGAUGUUGAACGUGCUUUUGGAGUCUUGCAAUCUCGUUUUGCAAUUAUUAAAAAUCCAGCUCUUUCUUGGGAUAAAAUAAAAAUAGGAAAAAUUAUGCGAGCUUGUAUCAUACUCCAUAAUAUGAUUGUAGAAGACGAAAGACAUGGAUAUACACAUUUCAAUGUUGAAGAAUUCCAGCACAUUGAAGGAAGUGGAAGUUUUAACGUCGAUCUCUCGUAUUCAACAUCAAUGCCUACGAAUAUUGCUAAUCUCAUGGCAAAUCGAACUAGAAUUCGUGAUACAGAAGUGCAUUACCAGUUGAAAGAAGAUUUGGUUAACCAUAUAUGGGAAAAAUUUGGAGAUGAUGAAGAUAGCAAUUGA